AUGUGGGUAUAAAAGGUCCCGGGAGUGUGGACGAAUGCCCCGAGUGCAGCCAGACCCGGGUACCGAGGGACGCACUGUGCUGGAGUGCCUGACGCCCGCCCGCGCAGCUUCAUAACAUCACUACAACUUACCGUCACACAGAGCACCAUGGGCAUCUCCACCACUGCCGUCAUCAGCCUCACCUUGGCCAGCUUCCUUCUAAUUCACUUUCAGGCGACGCAGGGCACUCCAGUGUGUCCGGGAACCCGAGAACCUCCACAAGACCUCUCCAAGUGCAAGUUCGGUGUCGUGAAGGACUGGUGUCGGAACACCGUCUGCGCCAAGGGUCCUCGCGAGACGUGUGGCGGGCGGUGGCUCGAGCACGGGCGCUGCGGCCUCGGUAUGUACUGUCGCUGCGGCCACUGUGCAGGCUGUUCCAGUACCUUGGAAUGUGUACUCGGGAGAUUCUGUUGACGCGGACAGGCCACAGCACCAAAUGUAAUGUCUCCUGUGAUACUCUCUGUGAAUUGCCUCUCUUGAAACGCCAGUUCGUCCGAUAGGUUUCGUUCAGUAGUUCAACGUGUCGACGCAAAAUGAAGAAUAAAGUGGAACAGAAGUAAUAGAAGAGGAGGAAUAACACACUUCGCUUUCACAGUUGGUCUCAGUGAAUAUAAACGCCAG